GCAGCUCCCGCCAAUGGCCUGUAGCCCAGGCUCUCCUGCCACACAGGGCUCGGAACCAUCCGCUGGACACCAGGAAGACACCGCGGCAGAGCAACUUCAUGCACGUCGGCUCCCCGGGGCUUUCCAGCCUGGACACCAGCCUCCCACCCUGGGCCGCGCGCGCGCAAACGCAGGGCAAGACAGUGCCAGGGAGGCAGCUCUGCCUUCCUAUGCCUCUGCCCUUGCCCAGGACGAGGUCGAAUUGGGCAGCAGAAGAUGGCCCCUGUGCUGCCACCUGGGACCCCACAGGAAGCAGUGACCUUCAAGGAUGUGGUGGUGGACUUCACCCAGGAGGAAUGGAAGUGCCUGGACUCCUCUCAGAAGGAAUUUUACAGGGAUGUAAUGCUGGAGAACUACAGUAACUUGGUCUCCCUGGAUAAGGACAGCUUCCCCUGGUGCUCACGGUUUUCCCAUUGGAAGGCCUAUGUUCACACCUUAGUAAAUAUUACAGGAUAUAAGGACCAACCUAACUGGCUGCUAAGGUAUCUUCCAGCCCUUGAAUUCUGUGAUUCUCUGACUGGGGUGUGUCAGGUGUUGAGCACUUACUGUGUGAGAUGCAGAGAUAGAGAUUCCUCAUCUUUGUGGCUCGGAGAGACACUGGACACCCAUGUGCUUUCUGUUCAGUGGUGAAAGGUUUUGCGAUUUGAUUAAAGGAGAUUAUAUUUGUAAGCCAUUUAGCAGAGUACCUGGCACAUACUGUUAUCUAGAGGCUUGUUCCCCUCCCCUCUCCUCUUUAGUAACACUGUUUCACUAGGGUCUCCCCUGAGGCUACAGAUCCUGUUACUGUAUCUUUAACAGCCACAUGGAAUGUUGUGGAGAGGGCAGUGGAGAGUGACAGUGCUGACUGUUGCUUUGAGGGGCUUCUCCCAGUGGAGUCAGGACAGAGUGUGUGUUUUAUUUUGAAUCUAUGACCUCUUUUUGGAUAAUACACAAAGGAAGACUGAUGUAAGGAGAGACUUCUUCCUUGGAAGAACUGUCUUAAAUGUUACAUUUUAAAGAAACAUUAUAAAGAGAAUUGAUGGACCCAUGGGAACUGAUGAGAUCACCAAGUGAAGUAGUUUAGAGGGAGAGUAGGAAACAGUCCCCAAAACAGCCUGGGGGGAUUCCUGUAGGUGGUGGAGAUAGGCGUGAUGUGGUUGAAUAUCCAGCAAAGAAGACUGAGAAGGAGUGGUGAGACAUGCAGAACCAGGAGAGAGCAGGGAUGAGAAAACCUAAGGAAGAGAAAUUAUGGUGGAGAGGAGGGUGACUGUGUUAAAGGCUGCACAGAAGGAAAUGUAUGUAUUAUAAUAUAAUGUAUAUGUAAUUAAUUGGCCAUUUAUAGGUAUUCUGGAAAGACUGUUUUCUAUGGUAGUUGAAUAGAAGACAAAGAAAAAGGACUAACAUGUCUCAUUUACUGAAUAGUGCAUUUAACUCUUAUCUUGAAUAGAAAUAUGAAGAUGAUUUUUAAGAGACUGGAAUCACUAUCUGGAUUGAACUUUUAUUCUGGUCAAUUGUGUUUCAGAAGUAAAGAGGAAUCUAUUAUUUUAGCAAGGGUUUGAAGGCCUUAUGCCAUGCUUUCUUAGAGCUAAGAUGUAGCAGAUAAUUCUAUGUGUCUUUGCUUUAUAAUUGAUUUCAUUUGUUAAUAAAGUGUAUAUAAGUAACUACUUUUAAGAAUGGAGAUUUCUCUAGUUUAUUCAGUACCUAAUGUUUAAUGAACUCAGGUGGCAGGUAAUGAUUUAAUUAAUUGGAAAGCAAAUACCUAAAGAUACUCUGGGAUUGCUCUGGAGCUCAGGAUAAUAAAGAAAACAAGUCCAGUUGGAAGUAGAGGUGUAACCUAUGGCUGAGUGUGGUUGAUACUAUCUCCUUUGCUAUACUUUGUGCUACUGGAAAGUUAAAUCUCAUGAGAUUUAACUACUCAUGAUCUCUGUUACAAAUGAUCUAAGAUUCUCCCUAAAAUUCCUAGGGCAGAUAUCUGAAUAUAUGAAUGACUCCUGUCCUCUUAAGAAGUCAUGGAUCUUAUUUUUACAUGUAAUUGGGAGAGGGCAGAAUAAAAUAUAAUUAAAAAAAUAAAAAAUAAUAUACAUUUAAAAAAGGAAGUCAUGGAUCAAAUUAAUGAAUUUGUUAGUCCAUGGUCUUUCAAAGGUGUUUGUCUUUAAAAUGUGAUUGCUGUAAUAUGUGCUUAUGCGUU